CGUCAUUUGAAGACACGAUAUCAGAUGUUGUUAUCUGGUCGACAAUUAUGUUGUUUCUGUGGUUCCAUCGAGAUCCGCGGGCAUUCUGAAUUUACAUCGAUCCUACCGACUUUGUAUGGGUUUGACCAACACUCGCUCUCAUCUCAGCCCUCACUCAACUCAGUCUUGAGCGCCCAUUCUUGUUGAUGCUGUAACGUCUCCAAGCCGUCAUCCAUCCGCGGCAACAUAAUGGCGUCCACCGUACUCCCGUCCAAACUCAAGAGCCUUCACCAAGCCAGCAAAACCUGCCUGGCGCACAUCUCGACCCAAAACCCCAUCUUGUACAAGGAGACCUUUGUCCACUACGCCAGCCCCAGCUCCGGCAAGGAGCACGACGCACACGAGGCGCCUUCCGUGCCCGAUGAUUGCGUCUUCAAAUCGCUGUCCUUGUCGGCCGCCUCCCUUCCGACCGUCGCGCAAUGCGCCGUGCACCUGGAGCUCCUCGAGGUAUUCUACGCGCUACGCUCCCAGAUCAUCUCCUCCACCGACCUCGACGACACCUUCGGGCUCGAGCGGCACAACCGGACCGUCUACCGCAGAAAGUACGACGCAACCAGGCGCAAGUAUGUCAACGCGCCCGUGAAGCUCCGCGACGCGACCUGGGACUCGAGGAGGAAGGAAAAGUGGACGUGGUACCUCGAGCUGGCGGCCGGGCGGUUCUUGGCCUGGGCUGUCUCUAUCGACCGCGCCGUGUCUCCCAGCGCCUCGCAGCGCUUCGGAACGGUGGACGCGCCUCUCCCCUACUUGCCGCCGUUAGACGUCCUCAUGGUUUGGCAUGCCUAUCUCCUCAACCCGGCAGACUUUGAGGAGUACUGCGUGGACAACUCACUGAGGUGGUUACGAAGGGUGCCAUUCCCGUGGUCUCAAAUUCACGCUGCCAUGGACUCCAAGGACUCGUCAUACACCGUGUCCGAUAAGGAUCGGACAUGGCUUACGGAGACCGUCAAGCUGGAGGCUGAUCUCUUCCAGUAUCUCCGCGAUGCUGGUAUCGCAAGCGGUUCCGUCGCGCUCCUGCUCAAAAAAGAGGGCAGCCUGCGAGACAUGCCCAAUAUAACGGCCAUGUCUUCCCUGGACGGACUGACGCCUCGAGAGCAGUCCUUUGUCAGUGUCAUGCAGCGCGCGUCAGCGAAGAGACGGCAUGUCUGGGUACUCGUCGAUAACGUCGAGCGCCAGGCAUCAUUCGUGUCCAAGAUGCACAGCCAGCUCUGGCUGCGCAGCCCGGCGCUCGAGGGCACCCUUCAGCGGGCGGUCACGCGCUACGGGAUCUUCCUCGAGCUCUUCGCCCUGCACCCCAAGCAGAUGCUCGUCCCGACCCUGGACAUUGACCUGGCGUGGCACACACACCAGCUGUCCGCCGGUUGGUAUAGGGAAUCCAUGGUGGAGCGCUGCGGCCGCUUCAUCGAUCACGACGACAAGCUUCCCAAGUCGUCGCUGGCACCGGGCAUGGACCGCACGGCCGAGCUUUACCGAGCGCACACGGGGCGUGAAUACUCGGUGUGCCAGUGCUGGGACUGCGAGGCGAUUGCUUCAGCGCUGGAGGCGUGCGUUUUGGACGACACGUUGGACGGCGCUGACGUGGAUGUUCUGGCGAGGCAGGUGGCCAACGACGUGCAGUACUACCGCGCUGUUGAACACGCCCGGAGACGCAAGGUUGAUCCUCCCAACCGGAGGAUUGCUGUCCUGGGACCUUGGAAAGAGGUUGACUAGGUUUCCAUGACGGGUUUGAUCGUGCAAAGGAUCGCCGGGGUUGCCAACAAAUAAAGCUUGCUCACUUUCAGCGUCAGAAGGCCAUGGCAUAUAUGACUAGUACGUCAAACCCUCGCGAGCGG